CUCACCCGCCGGCCAUGGAGAAGCCGCCGCCGCCGCCGCCGCCGCCGCCGGGGAAGCUGCCACUGCGGGCGAUGCGGUUGCCGCCGCCGGGGAUGGCGACGAUGAUGUCCAUCAACGAUUCGGAUGCGGGCGAGUUUUCCCGGCUGAGUGCGGCGAGAAGCCUGGGCAAGGCCCGCUGGGCCGACUACCACCAGGAGCGGGGACUCAACACCGGCUCGGCCGCUUUCCAGGGCUCCGUGGCCACCAUGAGCAGAGGCUACCUGAAGGCCGACAAAACCGACAAGUUUGUCAUUCACCCCUACUCCACCUUUAGACACAAUUGGCUACUUGGAAUGAUGACUUUGAUGUUUGCAAAUUUCAUCAUAAUUCCACUGGCUGUCAGUUUCUUCACGGAGAGAAUUUACACAGGAUUCGUUUGGAUCUGCUACAUUGUUAUUUCUGAUGUUAUAGCCAUAAUGGAUAUCGUAUUAAAUUUCUACAUAGGAUAUGUAGAUGAAAAGCUGGAGGUUAUUAUAAUGGAUCGAAAAAAAAUCAAAAACCAUUAUCUGAAAUCCUGGUUUGCUGUGGAUCUCGUUGCUAUGAUGCCAGUCGACUAUGUAUUUCUAGGAGUGAAAUUUGCAGGUGGUCUUGAUGUGUCUCCCGUAGGGUAUGCUACUUCUCGAUUAGUCCGCCUUGUUAAGCUAACAAGAAUAAUGAGCUUGCUACGUUUAUUGAGAUUCUCAAACCUGAUGCGAUAUAUGCAGGAUUGGAAAGAGCUACACGAGUGGGAUGUGGGUAUGACGAGAGUGUUGCACUUAGCAUACUGGUUUGCUGUUGCCGUUCUCUUUUGUCACUGGAAUGCCUGCUUCCAGUUUCUCAUAGUAAUGAUACAGGAUUUUCCAGAAAAGAGCUGGGUGAAACUUCAAGGUCUCAUGGAUGAAUCCGUAAGAGUUCAAUAUACAUACGCUCUAUUCAGAUCCGUUAGUCACAUGAUGUGUCUCGAUUAUGCAGCUCUUCAGAUGCCUGAAGGAUUUUCUGAAAUCUGGAUUCUAAACCUCAGCAUGUUAACUGGGUCUAUCAUGUAUGCACUGCUGUUAGCUCAGGUCACAGCAAUGGUUGCCAACUCUGAUUCAAGUAGACGUAUGUACAAAGGAAAGCUCCAUGAGUAUAAGGAAUUCUUACGUCACCAUCAUAUACCAAAGGAUCUUCGGUUGAGAGUCUUAAAUCAGCUCGCCAAUCAAUUUAAAGGCAAAUGGUUUGAUGAAUCAAUGAUCUUAAGGGAGCUCUCGGAGUCACUUAGAGAGGAAGUAAUCCAUCAUAACUGCAAUAGCCUGGUGGAAAAUGCUCCCUUUUUCAAAGAUUGUGAUGAGAACUUUAUGAUAGCCAUGCUGGGUAAACUGAAAUUUCGCAUUGCUCAGCGUGGCGAGGUGAUUUUCAACGAAGGUGCAGUUGGAAACUUUAUGCUAUUUAUUGAGAAAGGCACAAUGUAUAUGGAAGGACAUCAAUUUGCAACAAAGGUGGCAGAUGGAGCAUUUUUGGGAGAAAUGAGCAUCCUAACUGAUAAGAAAAGGGAAGCCACAUUGACAGCUAUUACACCGUGUAAAUUCUAUACAAUUUCAAAGGAAGACUUUAAUGAAACACUUGAACAGUAUCCGAAGAUGAAGGGACAUUUCAAAAAAAUUGUGUUAGAAAGGCAGGAGGCACUAUCCCAGGAAUCAAAGUCCACUUUGUAAUCCGUCAGAUCUAUUUUAUUUGACUUUUUAUGGA